AUGGCAACUCCACAAAUCUAUCAGCAGUUCACGUCGCGAGCGCUACUCAAUUUCUUCGAGGUCACCGCAAUCAAAGAUGAUGAGACAGAGCAGUCGGUGGCUGCGGUGUGCAAGCUCGCCGCUAAAGACCCAGCAAUUGCAGGCGUUUGCGUGAUGCCAUCGUUGGUCAGGUACAUUAAGCGUGAUCUGGUGAAGUCGUAUCCGGAGGUGGCAAGUAUCAGUAUUUGCGCUGCCGUUAACUUUCCAGAUGGUGGCAGGACUCCCGACGAGGUUGCGCUAGAAGCAACCGGGGCGCUGAAGGAUGGUGCUGACGAGAUUGAGUGCCUUAUCAACUGGAGACGAAUGAACGAGGAUGGAGAGGAUGGAGAAAACCGCACCAGGCUGCUGGUGAGCGAACUGAAGAAGGUCGUCGCCCCCAAGAUCCUCAAGGUGGUUCUGGAGGCUGGGCAGCUUCAAGGAGGUGACCUCAUCAGCAGAGCAGCUGUCGCUGCCUUAGAGGGCGGCGCAGACUUUCUUCAAACCUCAUCCGGAAGGGCUGCUACGCAUGCAACCAUGUUCAGUGUCCACUUAAUCUCUAUUGCUUUACGUGACUACAAGGCACGCGAGUGCGAAAGGAUCAAGGUUACUGGUGGCAAGCCAGAAAUGUCGCCAGCAAGGCCCAUCGGGAUCAAAAUAGAAGUUGGAGACGUGCACACGCCUGAGACAGCAGACUUGCUCAUGCAAAUGGUCUUUGAAAAUGGCCUCUGUUCAAUGACUAGGGAUACGUUCCGACUUGGGGGCAGCUUUAACUUGCUGAAGGAACUGCGGGCGAGCUACGAGUCGUGGGAUUCUGCUGGUGUCGCUCCAGACACAAGCAGGUGA